CGAACGUACUUGUACUCCUGAUGAUAAGAGAUUACGUGUUUUUAUUUUAUGUCUGCAUUUCCAAAAUUUAAUAAAUAUUGGUUUAUUGUUAGGACACAAAUGCUGGAUAAAUUUAAUCGUGUUUUACUCUGGUAAAAAUUGUUCGUCAUGUCUACUUGGGUAAAUGAGAACAGUGUUUCUUUUUUCCAACUUUUCUGUAUAAAAGUUGUAAAGUGCGGCCGUGUACCUCAGCAUAUCGCUUUUAUAAUGGAUGGAAAUCGUAGAUAUGCUAAAAAACACAGUGUACAAAGUAGUAAGGGGCACUCCGACGGAUUCAAUAAACUCUCAGAAACAUUAAAGUGGUGUCUGGAUCUAGGUAUACCCGAGGUUACUGUUUAUGCAUUCAGUAUAGAGAACUUUAAAAGAACGGAAGAGGAGGUUAACGGCUUGAUGGAUUUGGCUCGAGACAAGUUCCAAAGGCUUCUAGAUGAAAUCGACCAGAUAAACGAGUGGGGUGUGAGACUUCACGUGGCCGGACGCCUGUCACUGCUCCCAGAUGACCUGCGGACACUGGUAGCCAAAGCUAUGCUCUUGACCAGGCACAACAAUAAGCUGAGGCUGAACAUUGCUUACUCUUACACUUCCCGUGAUGAGAUCACUCGCGCUGCGUCGCAAGUAAUCGAAGGUGUCAGGAAUAACGAGCUGAGGGCUGAUGAUAUAGACGAGGAGCUCAUUUCGGAGACGUUAGAGCUGAGCCCGCCAGACCUCCUCGUCAGGACCUCGGGGGAGGUCAGGCUUUCAGACUUCAUGCUUUGGCAGAUAUCCGACACCGUGCUCUAUUUCACCGACGUGCUCUGGCCCGAGUUCACUAUCUGGAGCCUGCUGGCCGCCAUCAUACAUUUCCAGAGGCACGCCACGGAGCCCGCGCCGGAAAUAGACUUGAGUGACCGAAAGCGAGCGUUCACGGACAAGCUGGAAGAUAAGCGGUGGCAGCAGUUGGAGAAAUAUAUUACGUAAUAAUAUUAUUUAGGGUUUAUUUAUUUGUAUUUAACCUUUGAACGCCAAACGGUGCAUCCAUUUGCCGUGUCACGAGGGUAAAAUUUAGUUUUGUGAAUAAAUAAUGCCUGCCUAAAAGUGGGGUGUUUUUCAGUAGACUUUCAUUUAGAAAACGAUCGACGUAAUAUGCAAUCUUUGGCGUCGUUGAUACGAUUUUGCGUUGACGUCAAUAGGGUAUUAUACUGUAUUUAAAAUAAAUUAUUUUACACCAUGCAUGAAAUAAAGCAACAGAUAAUUAUUAGAAAAACACAGAUUUUAAACACAAGUUCUAUUUAAUAAAUCGGAUAAAAAUAUAAAAAGUAGGUGAGUUGAUCGUGACGUCACGAUGUAAUGUUUCAUAUAAAUUCCAUAUUAGCAAAUCGUUUUGACAGUUCUAAAAAAGUAACCGAUUUGACUAGUAGGAAAAUACCCUGUUGCCGUCUGUGGCGUUCAAAAGGUUAAUAGAAAUGUAAGGAUUGUAAACUGGUAUCCCGAAUCCCAUAAAAUUGUCUACUUAAUUAUUUGUUUGCGGUCAUGUAU